AGAGAUCUGAACCACACAACUGACUUGGCACGAAAUCAAUCCUGAUAUUCGUGACUUGAGUCCUGUGAGGUCAGAUCGACCAGGAUACACAAAAAUAAUUAUUUUUGUUGAGACACCCUCAGCAAAUCCUACACAAAACGCAACCGCAAACAUCACAAUCACCACUACGUCACGUCCGUAUCACGACCGUGUCACUACCGCGCAAAUGGCUGAACCCCGUCCAGCUUCACCUACAAUCACUGCCGAUGAUGUGGGCGGCAAACUCGAAGCACACGCCAACAACGCACAGAUUGUCAAGCAUGUCAACAAUGUGACUGCUAGCAUUGCUGACCAUCUUACCAAGCAAGCCCAAAGCAUCCAUUCGCUAGAUCAAAAGCUGGAAAGCAAGUUCAACGAUGUCAAUAAGCAGCUUUCCGAGCUUAUGGCAGCUAUUCGAGCGAAUAACAGCGUCCCUAACUCACACACAACCACCGCUGACGAUGAAGCUACUAUUGAUGAGACCACUGCUGAGACUCCUCACAAUGCUGACGUUACCGCUCGACAGAACGGUAUUCGAGACGCAGCCCGAUUGGCCAAGUCGGGAAUCCGACCAGAUGGCACCGUCGACGCAGCCUGGAAGCCUGAUAGACAGAGGCCUAGCUUAAAGCCUCUCCAUGAAGGGCCGCGGUACUCUGAUGCCGAACGGAAUCUCGACGGUACGAUCAACCUUACGCGAGCCUCUAACACUAUGGCCUAUACAGACGAUGAGAAGCGCGUUCAAGACGCCUGGCCUGACAUUAUGCUUCAAGCUGAAGCUGAAGGACUUGGCGAGUGUCAAGAGAAGAACAAAGUUGUCCUGCCGGUACAUCUCAAACUUGUCCGAGCCGACGAGAAGGUAUUCGACAAGCUUAGCGAGAUUCAGCUACUGCUACGUCAAGCACUCGUGCCCUAUCGAUUAUGGGGUAUUCGCGUUGCCCUCGAACUCAAUGGCGAUUUCCAGCAAGUAGCUGCUUGGGCAAAAUCGUGGCGACCGUCGUGGGUCCUGUUUAUCGAAGCGAUCAUACAGGUAUUGAACAAGCACCACGUCUUGUACAACUCGAUUACGAGCUUCACGUCUAUGUUACCACGUCAGGACGAAGCUAUGCUCAACUUCCUUUGGAGAGUCCGCGACGCAUUCUAUCGAAUGCCUUCUAGCCAGCAAUCGUCGUACCCUAUCCGCGGUGUACUGACUGAUAAGCUGAAGACAGUCACUCCAAGCGUGUGGAAAGACCUCCAUAAGCAUACGAAUCUGAUAAAUACUGCCGAAAUCAUCGAAGAAGCUAUCUAUUAUGCUGAGUUGAUUACUCGCACUAAGAUUGAAGACAAGGUCUUCAGUACGCCAGCAACUACUAUCCAGCUUGAAGGCACUUCAGCUCCUUACUUCAACCUGAACAUAUCUGAAGCAACUACCUCUAAGCCUGGCAUUGCACAAUUGCAACCAGCUAACGCUGUUACCGGUACCCAAACUACACUCACAGGUUCCGCUAUUUCUGAUCCCCGCAUCGAUGAUCGCACUGUUCAUCUAAGCACAGAGAGUUGCUGUGCUACGCAUGAAUCACAAAACAAGUGUUUUAACUGCGGCAAAGUUGGCCAUUGGGCUAAGGACUGCAGAUCCAAGGUCAGCUGGCCAGGAAAUGAUAAAUCCCCCGGUCAGAAUGUCACAAUCAAAGGCAUGAUGUAUAAGGAAACUGACAAAUUCGGCAAUAAAGUCCGAAGAACGUUUGACAAGUGGAAGUCUAGCAAGAACGACAAGAAAGUAUAUUUUGUAGAGCCCGAGACCGGCGAUGAAGACGAUAGAAGCCCAGCAGAACGUCUCGAAGACGACGAUAUUGACGAAGAGCUUGCUGCAAUCUUUGCAACUAUCUAUGACGAAGACUAG